AUGCGGACAGUGGCAGUGUUUAUGUUGGUUUGGUUUCUGUGUGCAACAGCCAGUAGUGGAGGUGUGAGUUGCAAUGAGAAGGAAAGGCAAGCCCUUUUGGAUUUCAAGCAAGCUAUCUCUUCUGAUCCUUUUGGCGCCCUGUCUUCUUGGUCUCCCCAUGUUCACGACUCCGAUUGUUGCAAUUGGAGAGGUGUUCGCUGCGACAACAUGACCGGUCGAGUCGUUGAACUAAAUCUUUUCUUUCUACUUCUAAAGGGCAAUCUUACAUCUUCACUACUCGAUUUGAAAUUUCUGAGUUACUUAGAUUUGAGUGCCAAUUAUUUUGGAGGCUCUCCCAUUCCAAGUUUCUUGGGUUCUAUGACAAGUCUCGUGCAUUUGGAUCUUUAUUACAAUGACUUUGAGGGGUUGAUUCCUCAUCAGCUUCAAAAUUUGUCCAACAUCAGUUACCUUAAUCUAGGAUAUAACUAUGGGCUACACGCAGACAAUCUCAAUUGGAUUGCUCAUCUUCGUGCUUUGGAAUAUCUUGACUUGAGUAGAGUCAACCUCAGCAGGGAAGUUGAUUGGCUUCGUGAGGUGAGCAGCCUUCCUUCUCUUUCACAAUUAUGUUUGAUGGGCUGCAAACUUGAGAAUAUGAUUCCCUCACUUGAACAUGUCAAUUUUACAUCUCUUAGAUCUCUUGAUCUUUCUCGUAAUAAAUUCAAUUGUGAGAUACCAAAGUGGUUAUUCAAUCUCAGCAACCUUCAAAGUCUUCAUCUUGAAUAUAACUCUUUGUAUGGUUUUAUACCAUAUGAGGUUGGGCAAUUCAAACAUCUUCAAUACCUUUACCUGGAUGGGAAUAAAUUGAAUGGUCCAAUUCCUGAAUCCCUUGGCAACUUAUCAUCCCUUAGUUUGUUAUCUCUCUCCAAUAAUCAAUUGAAUGGUCCAAUUCCAAAGAGCAUUUGGGUUCUCUCAGAUUUAGAGAACUUGGAUAUUGGUAAUAAUCUCCUAGAAGGCUGUGUUAUAGAGGCUGAUCUAUCCAAACUCUCAAAACUAAGGCUUCUUUAUUUGUCUGGCAACUCAUUCUCCUGCAACAUUAGCUCCACUUGGGUUCCAUCUUUUCAAUUGGAACGUCUUUCAGUUAGUUCUUGCAAAAUGGGUCCAAAUUUUCCUUCAUGGCUAAAAACACAAACAUCUCUUUACGAGUUAGACAUUUCCAAAAUUGGGAUAUCAGACACAAUUCCACACUGGUUUUGGGACUUGGCUUUAGGUAUCGACUACUAUAUUGAUCUCUCACAGAACCAGAUUGAUGGUGACUUGUCCUCCAUUAUGCUAAAUUCCAGUAUCAUUGAUAUUAGCUCUAACAGAUUUAGAGGCAAACUACCACAUCUUCGUUCAAAUGUUCAGUCGCCGGAGAAACUUGGAAACAUGAAAAUGUUAGAGUCUCUUGAUGUCUCAAGAAAUAAUCUUUCGGGUGAAAUUCCUCAAAGCAUCUCAACCUUGACAUCUCUUAGUGACUUGAACUUGUCGUUCAAUAACUUGUCUGGAAAGAUCCCUACGAGCACUCAACUCCAAAGCUUUAAUGAUUCCGGAUUCAUGGGUAAUCCAAGACUUUGUGGGGCUCCUCUCAAGAUAAACUGCACCGAUCAACAGAACUAUUCAAAAACAACAUUUGCAGUUCAUAAAGAUGUUAAAGAGUCUGAAAUAUUUUAG